AUGCCAUUUUGCACUUCCUCCUCCUCCUCCUCCUCCGCCGCCGCAGCCGCCGCCCAUUCAGAAACUACGGGUAAUUCUACGGCUAAACCUCGAAAGCGCAAUACUUUAGUGAAUUUCUCAAUGUCCGAUUCAGAGUUCGAUUCUGACUCCGACUCGGAAUCUAAACCUCAAAAUCGUGUUGAUAAGUCUAACCUACCCCCACCAUAUGAUCCAUUUAGCAAGAAACCCGUCAUCGAGGAACCCGAGGAUCCGACGAACUUGCAAGAAGUGUUCCACAGGAUGCGUGGUGAUGGGAUGAUGGACAGUGCGGCUAAGAUGUUCGAUGGAUUGUCUAAGGAUGGUUUGACCCACGAGGCGCUGGAACUGUUUUCGCAGAUUAAGGACAAGGGGCAGAUGCCGGAAGUGGUGGCUCACACGGCUGUGAUGGAGGCUUAUGUCAACGCCGGGCAGGCGAAGCAGGGCUUGAAGGUGUUUAUGCAAAUGUUGGGUUCUGGGGUGCUGCCUAAUGCCUAUACAUACAGUGUAUUAAUCAGGGGCCUGGUGGCUAGCGGGGACGUGAAGUUGGCGAAGGAGGCAAAGAAGCACGCGUUGGAGAUGGUGGAGAAGAGAGGGAUAAAGCCCAACGCCGGGGUUUGUGCUGGUGUUUACGAGGGUUUGGCGAAUGUAGGGUUGGCAGAAGAAGGGAAGGAAUUGUUGGAGAUUUUGAAGAGCAAAGGGGUUGUUCCAGAAGAGGGGAUGGUUAGGGAAGCUGUGAAGAAUAAGAGGGCACAUCUAAACACAAUUAUGAGCAUACUCUAUGGAGGGUAG